CCACUUAAAGGGCUGCUUUCUCUUCCUCCCUCGGUUCUUGAUGGCGUCCAUUCGAGCUCUCGGUGUCCUGUCCAGGAUGAAUUCAAGGAGACCCUGCCUUUUCACAGGACACGCCGUGCGCAAUUUCGCAAGUUCGGCUGCUGUGCUUGCUCGGACCCACGUCAACUACGAGGUCAAAGAGGAUGUGGCGGUCAUCCGGAUAAAUGACCCCAAUUCCAAGGUGAACACACUGUCGGCUCAGAUGGAAAGUGAGCUGACCCAGGUAAUGAACGAGAUCUGGGCCAACGAUGCUGUCAAAAGUGCCGUCCUUAUCUCCACCAAACCCAGCUGCUUCAUUGCAGGUGCCGAUAUCAAUAUGAUCCAAGCCUGUAAGAGUGCAGAGGAAGUGACGAAGCUCUCCCAGGAAGGACAGAUGAUGUUUGACAGAAUUGAGAAAUCACCCAAGCCGAUUGUAGCAGCCAUCAAUGGUUCAUGCUUGGGAGGAGGCUUGGAGUUUGCCAUUGCAUGCCAGUAUAGAGUGGCAACAAAGAGCAAGAAGACUGUUCUGGGAACUCCAGAGGUCAUGCUGGGCCUCUUGCCUGGGGCUGGUGGAACCCAAAGACUGCCAAAACUGGUUGGUCUUCCAAGUGCCUUGGACAUGAUGCUGACAGGGAGAAACAUUCGUGCUGAUAAAGCAAAAAAAAUGGGACUUGUUCAUCAGCUAGUUGAUCCACUUGGCCCUGGUCUUAAGAGUCCAGAGGAAAGAACAAUCGAGUACCUGGAAGAGGUUGCCAUUGGUUUUGCCAAAGGAAUUCUGAGCAAGAAAAUUCCUCUUACAAAGGAAAAGAGUCUGAUGCAGAAAGUACAAGACUAUGUCAUGGGAAUUGAAUUUGUUCGGAAGCAGAUCUACAACACAGUAAAUAAAAGGGUUAUGAAGCAGACCAAGGGUUUGUACCCUGCGCCAUUGAAGAUAAUCGAGUCUGUGCAGACUGGGAUAGAGCAGGGACCAGAAGCUGGCUAUUUAUUUGAAUCUCAGAAUUUUGGCAAAUUAGCCAUGACCUCUGAAUCCAAUGCACUGAUUGGUCUGUACCAUGGCCAAGUUGCAUGCAAGAAAAAUCACUUUGGGACUCCUCAGAAAGAGGUGAAGACUCUGGCCAUUUUGGGAGCUGGUCUGAUGGGAGCAGGCAUCGCCCAGGUGACGAUUGACAAGGGCAUUCGCACCGUGCUCAAAGACACUACAGAGGAGGGCCUGAACCGCGGCCAGCAGCAAAUCUACAAAGGGCUGGAUGAUAAAACAAAGAAAAAGUCCAUCACGUCGUUCGAGAGGGACAAUACGCUGUCCAACCUGAUUGCACAGCUGGACUACCAGAACUUUGACAAGGUUGAUAUGGUCAUUGAAGCUGUUUUUGAGGACCUUCACAUCAAGCAUCAGGUGCUGAAAGAAGUAGAAGCAGUAGUCGCCCCUGACUGUAUAUUUGCCACCAAUACAUCUGCUCUUCCCAUCAAAGACAUUGCAGCUGCCAGCAAAAGACCAGACAAAGUCAUAGGAAUGCACUACUUCUCUCCUGUGGACAAAAUGCAGCUGCUGGAGAUCAUAACCACCGACAAGACGUCCAAAGACACGACCGCUUCAGCAGUGGCUGUUGGACUAAAGCAGGGCAAAGUCAUCAUUGUCGUUGGGGAUGGCCCUGGGUUCUACACCACCAGGUGUCUGGCUCCCAUGUUAGCAGAAGCUGUAAGAGUGCUGCAGGAGGGUGUUGACCCCAAGAAGCUAGACUCCCUCACCACAGGCUUUGGAUUUCCGGUGGGUACCGCCACUUUGGCUGACGAGGUGGGCAUCGACGUUGCAGCCCAUGUUGCCGAAGACCUGGGAAAAGCCUUCGGAACGAGAUUCGGAGGAGGCAACGUUGAAAUGCUAAAGGCCAUGGUGGAGAAGGGCUUCAAGGGCCGCAAAUCUGGGGUGGGCUGCUAUUUGUACAAAGAAGGCACCAAGAACAAAGAAGUCAACCCAGGGUUUCAAGAGAUUCUCGGUAGCUUCAAAAUGACACCCAGUGCUGCAGUGUCUUCCGAUGCUGAUGUACAGUACCGGCUGGUAUCCAGGUUCGUGAACGAAGCGGUUUUGUGCCUGCAAGAAGGCAUCCUCAGCAGCCCCGUGGAAGGGGAUGUGGGUGCUGUGUUUGGACUGGGCUUCCCCCCUUGUCUUGGAGGUCCUUUCCGGUUUGUAGACACAUUUGGGGCGGAUAAGUUGGUGCAAAAGAUGAAGAGGUACGAAGAAGUGUACGGGAAUCAUUUCACACCAUGCCAGCUGCUGCUUGAUCAUGCCAAGGACAGCAGCAAGAAGUUCCACAAGUAACAGUUGUGCUCUUAUAUUUCCAAGGAAUGCUUGACUUGACUUGAAAUUCAUUAAAGUAUAACAUGAAGACAGUUUGUAUGUUGACACU